CGAAGAGUAAACAAUUUGGUUUAAGGAGUUUUAAAGCUGGCUAAAUAUUACCCAAAUACAAACAGUAAUGGAGUCGUCAAUUUGCCGGGUUUGCCUGCGAAAUGGCGACAACAUGGUCAAAAUAUUUGACGAGAGGCAUGCAGUUGGAGUUCCCAUUGCAAAAAUGAUUUCCAAAAGUACCGGCUUUAAAGUUGAAAGAGAUGAUCGACUUCCGGAAAUAAUUUGCCCAUCCUGUCUGAAAGAUGCCGAAAAUGCUUUCGAGAUAAUGAAUGCCUACGAGAGGAGCACCCUGUUCUUCUGCCAGUUAAAGAAGAGUAAGGAUUCACUACAAAGUGGCGCACAUCAGGGUGUUAAGGUUAAGGAAGAGGUGUCCGAAGACAGAGCCCACUGCCAAGUGAAGAACGAACCUCUUAUAGAGGACAGGUUUGAAGAGGAACUCGGCCCUAUUUUAGACAGCCUGUCCAGUUUCGAAGAAAAAAUCGAUGUGGCGGAAGAAGGUUUACAAAAGGAAGUUGUAGGAAACUCCAAACGCAAAUAUCCAUGCCGUUUUUGUUCAAAGACAUUAAUCAAUAAAUUAUCUCUUAGGCGGCACUUACGGGCGCACUCAAGCAAUCAAGUAUUCAAAUGUUCCCACUGUGAGAUGUUCUUUGGACAGCGAGCAACUUUAAAAAGACACUUGGUAGUCCACACAGAUCGCAAAUAUUUCAAGUGUACGCAAUGUUCAAAGAGUUUUUUGGAGAAGAAACGUCUUGACCUCCAUUUGGAAAAACACAUAAAAGGACGCAUAAAAGCAUUCAAGUGUUCUUACUGUCCAAAAGCUUAUGUCAAAGACUCAACUCUUCAGAAACAUUUGACAAUUCACACAGAAGAACGGACACAUAAAUGUUCCCAAUGUUCAAAGGCUUAUGCCCAGUAUUCACAUCUUCAGAAACACUUGAAAACCCACCUAAAGUGUAACCACUGCUCAAAGGCCUUUUCAUCUAACUAUAGACUUAAGAUACACCAGCGAAGACACACAGGAGAAGGACUGUUAAAAUGUACUCAUUGCAUGAAGAGUUUUACGACCGUUACAUGUUUGCAGGUGCACUUGCGAACACACACAGGCGAGAAACCGUUCAAGUGUUCCCACUGCUCAAAGGGUUUUACACAGCAAGCAGGUCUUAUGGCACACAUACGGACGCACACAGGCGAAAAACCUUAUAAGUGUUCCCAUUGUUCAAUGAGUUUUACAGUGGCCUCGAAUCUUUGGAGUCACAUACGUACACACACGGGCGAAAGACCGUUCAAGUGUACUCAUUGUUCAAAGAGUUAUAUCCAUAAGUCCAAUCUUAAUGUACACGUGCGAUCCCACGAGGGAAAAUGA